UUGAAUUAUAACGAAAUAUUCACAGUAUUAAAAUAAUGCCAAGGCCUUCGCGCGAAUCCUAUGGUGAUCAGAAGCCUCCAUAUUCAUACAUAUCGUUGACAGCAAUGGCUAUUUGGAGCUCCCCAGAAAAAAUGCUACCUUUAAGCGAUAUAUAUAAAUUUAUAACUGACAGGUUUCCAUACUAUCGAAAAAAUACACAACGCUGGCAAAACUCACUUAGGCACAAUUUAAGUUUCAACGAUUGCUUCAUUAAAGUUCCGCGACUACCAGACAGACCUGGAAAGGGCGCUUAUUGGGCUCUACACCCACAAGCGUUUGAUAUGUUUGAGAACGGCAGUUUGUUGCGGCGAAGAAAACGUUUUAAGUUACAUAAGAAUGAUAAGAAUUUGCUCAAUGAAGAAUUGACUGCUCUGGCGAAUAUCAAUCGAUUUUUCUUCACCGCACGAUCCGGGAACCCUAUAACCCAAAUGCCGAUGUUGGAUAUAAGCAGCACAACUAUGAAUAUGGAGUCUACUACGGGAUUGUCACAAUCUACAAUUAGCUUAUCAUCAACUAAGGUACAACACAUCGCAUUGCCACAUGGACAUAGUACUACAUUACCGCAAUGUAGAAAUAUUUCAUUAGCUGCUGUCGAAAACACUAAUUUAACCGAAGGAACACUACGAAACUUACGUUCGUCAACAAAUUUGGAUCUGGAGGGUAUCAGUAGCUAUCGACCGAAACGGUCUUUUACAAUAGAAAGCCUAAUUACCCCCGAUAAGCCAGAACAAAUAUCCGAGGAGGAGGAGGAUGACGACGAUCGCGCUGAUAUAGAUGUGGUGGAAUGCGAAAAUUCUUACAGCAAAGUUACUGAUUACCCACGAAGAUUAUCCGCUGAAUGUCUGCCAAUAACUAUCUCUACUCGAACUGAAGAUCAACGUCAACGCCCAUUACCUCCUCUGCAUACAAUAACAGCUUCUGCUCAUUUACCUUUCCUUCAUUAUGCCGCUGGUGUCAAUGGAUCUAGUUUAAAUUCUAGCAGCAUCCAGUCGUCAGGAGUUCCCACUAUGACUUAUGACUUAGCUAUGGCUCAUCCGCUAUUAAUGAUGUCAGCACCUAUUGGAAAUAUUAACAGUAGUUAUUGUAACAAUUUUGCAAUAGUACCACCACCGCAGGCAUACCGAGGAUCGGAAGCUCAAAAUAGAAUAAGCGCCGGUAUGCGAACUAUAUGAAAGUUAUUACUUAAAAUAAGUCUACAACACUAUGAAAA